AUGUGUGAGGCGCUGCUGAAGAUGCUGCCUCGAUCAGGCUUCAAGUCUCUGAGCCAACAGUUUUUCGAGCGCUACAUGAAAGCGCUUUUGACUCUCGGUCGCUUUAGUGACGUAUGCGAGCAGUACGCUUGCUUGAAGCUAAACAAGCUCUUCCUGACGAGUACGCUUCUUGCAGCAACUUUGCACGAUGCACAGGCCCAGGUCUGA